AUGCUGAAGACGUCCCCCAUUCUCUCUCCCUCCGCCAACGCCUCGCCCGCCGGCUUCCGCAAUGCGCCGUCGAGAUCCUCGCAGGAGUCUGCCUCGUCCCACCCGUCGCAGCUCCCAGCCGUGAGCCCCCGGCCCGCCUAUCUGCGCCGCCGACUGUCGACAGAGUCCGAGGCCGUGUCCGUGUCGGCAUCCUCGUCAGCGCUGUCGCCAGGCCGCUCACGCCGUACCGGGGCCUCGACCAGCGAUAUGCGGUCCCCUGCCCGCGCCUUUUCCUCCUCCUCUGCCUCGCCGCUGGCAGCUCCCACGACUACAACCACCAAGACGACCGUGACGACCUCUACGAACAUGGGCAUCGACGACUCUGAGAGCCCGAGCCGAACCUCGCCCGCCCAAACUCGGCUGUACAAUGCUUUGUCGCCUAAUAAGCGUCGACUUGCCGCCACCGCUGAAGCUUCUUCUUCUCUGGAUGCAUCUUCAACGCCUGCUGCCGUUGCUUCGAGCUCCGAUGCGGCUCAGGCUCAGGCCGAGGCCCAGGCCCAACGAUCUGCAUCUCCUCAAGCACCGAAACGAGCCAGACCCGAGGAACAGCCUCCCCGUGUUUUGCCCAACAAAUAUGAGUUUUGCCCGGUCGAGCACAUGGUCGAGCUGAUUGCACAUAUGCUGGGAGAGCUGAUUGCCACCAAUGACGCAAUUCGCAUUUCAAGCGGUGGCCUCACACGGUUUCACUCGAGAACCCCCCCUGGCAUCUCUGUUAGAGACUAUCUCCAUCGGCUGGCUAGACAUGCCACGCUCACGCCACCGCUUCUUUUGGCCAUGGUCUACUACAUUGACCGACUCUGCGCUCUUUACCCGGAAUUCACCAUCAACACCCUCACCGUUCACCGCUUCCUAAUUACCGCUGCCACAGUUGCUGCAAAGGGCCUUUCUGACUCGUUUUGGAACAAUACGACCUACGCGCGAGUAGGCGGUGUGCGUGUGGCUGAACUGCGAUUACUUGAGCUCGAAUUCCUCUACCGAGUGGAUUGGAGAAUCGUGCCGAAUCCAGAAAUCUUGGUGGCUUACUAUCAGGGACUUGUCCAGAGGGCUCCGGGAUAUGAACUGGAGUCUGAUGGAUCGAGCGAUGAUGACGACGACGAGAUUGACGACGAUGACAACGAAGAAGAUACUGCUCAGCAGUAA